GCACAGUUUAUUUUAACAUACGCAAACAUCAAAGGCACCGACGGAGAGUUGCGCUACUGUAUAUACUGUGCCUUAAUUGUAUAUUUCAGUCUGUCCUUUUUGACUGAACUUUUACACCAUUCAUCUUUUCUCUUUUUCUAUCUAAUAUGGAGGAAAAGAAGAUGAAUGGUAUAAGAAGUUUAGCUAAAAAGAAUAUCUUUUGAUUUCGAUUUGAAAUUGAUUUGAUUCGUUUCAUUUGCAUAGAGGACGGAUUUUAGAUUUUAACAUCUGAUUAGUCGAUCUAUUGUCUAAUUUAAUAUUUAUACUUUUAUAAAACAACGAUGUCUACAGACAGAGAUAUAAUCGAAUCGAAACAGGAUGCGGAAGGCAAAAAUAAAAAUAAAAUCUAUUGUACAUUUUGCCCUUCAAAAAUGCUUAAUGCUGGAGUUGCUAGAUUAGUAAAUAUAAACUUUGCGCUACCUUAUAUACAUAGUAAAGCAGAAGAUGAAGCUAAUCAAUCAGAAAUUAUUUCUGAUUAUUGGUUGAUAGAAGAUAUGUAUACUUUCGAAAAUAUUGGUGUGUCACACACAGUGGGCAAUGUUAAAUAUCUAGCUUGUGCUGAUUGUGAAAGAGGUCCGGUAGGAUGGCAUGAUUUGUCCACUAAAAGAUCAUAUAUUGCAUUGUGUAGAGUAAAACAUGGAUGAAUAGAAAAAUCAGAAUUGAGUAAAGUAAUUUUAUAAUUUUAUAUGACUCACACACACAAAACACACACGUGUAUAUGCACUCAUAUAAAUAUCAAACAUGAGUGUAUAUAAAAGAGUAAUGUUAUAAUGUGCAACUAAUAUACAACAUAAAAUUAUGAAUAUAUAUUUUAUAUAUGAUUGCAAAA